AUGUCUUUGGAUGCUGUGACUUCUCCACAGGAGGUCGGCGAGUCGCAGGACUUCGUCAAGGGCAAUGAUGAUGAUGGGGGGUCUUUGGGUGCUGUGACUUUUUGGAAGGAGGUUGCCAAGUCGCAGGGCUUUGUCGAUGGCAGUGAUGAUGAUGGGAUGUCUUUGGGUGCUGUGACUUCUCCACAGGAGGUUCCCAAGUCGCAGGGCUUUGUCGAUGGCAGUGAUGAUGAUGGGGGGUCUUUGGGUGCCGUGACUUCUCCACAGGAGUUUGACAAGUCGCAGGACCUUGUCGAUGUCAGUGAUGAUGCUUGUGAGUCUUUUGAUGCUGUGACUUCUCCACAUGGGGUUGACAAGUUGGGGCCUGAUGGUGCACCCCAAGUUUGUCGUGGAGAUCUUGGCGCCAUGCCCAAGGUCAAAGCAAAACGGCCUGCAAAGGCAAAGCAAGCAGCCAAGCACAAAGCACGCAAGGUUGAAACUAAGACUGGUGCAACUGCAGAGGUAGCAACCAAGUCGCGAGCAAGCAAGGCAUGUCCCAAAGCAAGCCCCAAGGUGAAGGUAUACUGUGCUGCAUGGCUCAGUGCACAGAAUGCCAACCAGUCUCCAGAGGAGUGUGCUGCUGCGGGUGCUUUGGCCCGCCGAGAGUGGAUUGAGAAGUCAGGUCCCAGAGAUCACCCUGUCGUGAAGCGAUGGUUGGUAGCUGUCUGCUGCAUAGCGCUGAGCAUGGUGUUCUGGCUUGCCUCCCAAGUCAAGAAGCAUUGUUGCGCGCAGUGGCAGUCAGUGCAGGCUGCGUGUGGCAAGGGGUCGCGCAACCGAUCUAGCAAGCACACACACUGGACGCGAAGGUUGCCUGGGAAAUACACAUAUUUGAGCUGGGGCAUGGCAGUCACCGCAGCAAGCUUGUGUGCCAGCGCAAAGCAAGUAGAUUUACUGUUUGCGGUCAAUCUCUUCACCUGUGUCUUCGCAUGCCAAGCGCAACGUGCUCUAGCCAGUGCACGCCUGCGCAGUGGGUGGGUCAGGAAAGCACGUCGGGUGGGCAAAGCUCGGGUAAAAGCAAGGCGGCAACCAGGAUCGCCACGAAGUAGACUGCAAAUGUUGAUUGCAGCCAUCUUCUUGUUCUCACCAGCCAGUUGGGUAUGUGUGGAAGGCGUUUGCCAGGGCAGCAUCGCAGCAGCGCAACCAGUCAGGAACGCCUGGUCAACCUCUCGCAAACUUAGAAACCAGUUGAUGCGUGCAAUGCAUGGCAACACCAUGAAGAAGGCGAAUCGACGACAAGCAGAAGAGUCCACACCCAGCCAAUGCAUAGACACGAGUGCCGGCAGCAAUCCCGUCGUUAGCAAGAAAGCCAGAGUUGCAGACGGAGUGGAUGCCGCCUCCUCGCUGCGAGCAGAACCGAGCAACCCGAGUGUCCAGAAAGAAGUGGAGGAGGAUGAGGACCGGAAAAUUGCCGUCCGUGUGCAGACCCGAAUAGGGUGUGAGCUAAUCAAAAUCCCUGGUGACGGUUGGUGUUUUUUCCAUGCAGUCCUUCGCCAUUGUCGCGGUUGGCAGUCGUGGUCGAUAUCCGACGCGGCAAAGUUAUACUUGCAAGCCUUAGAAUGGAUGUGCAAGCAAAAGAAUGGACCCAGAGCAGAUGAGGUUGCGAUUGCCAGUGUGCCGUUUGAUGACCGAGAAGCAGGCCUACACCUGGGGUUCCUUCAGCAAGCAGAGCAGUUGGAGGCGGCAGAAGGUUUGACAGCAGCCGAAAUCGUGCUUUGGAGUAAAGUGGUUGCGGUGUUGGAAAAGCCACGCAUGCUGGACUCCAUUCACCACGGCUCAGUCGUAGAAUUGUGGGCACUCACACAAGCCUUUGACUUUCACUGUCUCAUUUGGAGCCAAGAAGAUAACAAAAACAUUUGGAUCCGGGAUAUGGCCUACAUCACCGAUGCAGAAAUACAACAGAAGUUGCAAGAACAUUCCAAUGUCUUAGAACUUUUUCCACCGAAGCACUGGCAUCACCGGGCACUAUAUCCCAGUGCAGUGCGCGAAACCCAUGCCGCAGAGGAUGCAGAGCGGCCAACGGCAGAGGCAUCCGGGCAAUCGGAGCAGACCAGCCGCACCACUGCGACAGAAUCGGAGGCAACAACGCGGCAGCCAAAUCGGUCGCAGCAGGUGCAUGACACAACUGAAGCCGACAAAGAGGCAGCCACUGGUGUCUGGGAAGGGCAUGACGACGCAGAAGCGUCGGAGGGUGCAGCAACCGACGUGGAUUCUGAAAGUUUGCUUUCCUGGGAUUCAAACCUGUCCGAGACCACAGAUGAGGCUGAAGUAGCAGUCGCAGUGGACGCGACAAAGACAUGGGUCACGGUCGAAGAUCGUGACCAAGAACGCAUUCGACGCACAGCAUUCCAACUGCGACACCAUCCUCUGCUGCCAUCUCCAGCCGCGAUGACGGAAUUCCCCACCAUGCAGCCUAAUAGUGGUCUCGUAUACCCAGCCGUGCAUUGUGCCUUUGAGGGAUGCGGGUGGGCAUCCGACACACAACCGUGCCACCCGCACUGGUCAAAGGAAAAGGUGUGGAACAUGAAAGCAACAACAUGGGCACACACUACAUUGCAGUGCUGUGGAAACGGGGAGGUGUGUUUGUGGGCACACCUCGAUGAGUGUCAUGCUGAACACUUUACGAACAUACCUCGUGAACUUGUGGCUUCAACAUACACAGCUGCAGUGCUAGAAAGGGAACGUGGGCAGGUCCCACAAGUUGGCUGGAGCGUCGAUCGGCGCACACUGCGUCGACUACGGGUCGAUUUGGACGACAACAUUUGCCAAGCAUUGAUUUGCGCCUGUUGCGCGCGAGUCAGUCCAGGAGGCAUGGGAGGGGAGAUUGCCUACAUAUCUGUCAAGCAGUUAUUCAAUGCACUGACCCCAGAAGCGGUCAAAGCAAACUGGAACCUGGAAAGGUACAUGACGCAAUAUGCUACGUUGGCUGCUGUGACCAAUCGUUUCGAAGCACACGAGUGGACUCGAACACUGCCAGCAACCAUCUGCAACGGGAUGCGACUCAUAUGCUGCCCAGAAGAUGUCCGCUGCGGACUUUGCGCCGAGAAUGCGCUGCAACUGUGUGAGGCUUGUGAACUGCCAUUGUGUCGCAAUUGCCUCGAACACAUGUGUAAACAGGACGCCUGUGCAGUGCCAGAAGCCCUUGCAAACGACAAUUGGUUUGGAUACCCAACAGAGUUGUUGUACACCCACAGAGUGCGUUGGAUAGAAGCGGCAGCUGCUUCUCGGUCUGGACUUCCGUCAUCAAUUACUACCUGGAAGCCGACCGAGGCAACUUGA